AUCGGGUGGCCAUUUGGCAGUAAUCUGAUAUCUCCUGGUGAAAGGCAUCGAUGCCUCUAUCAUUUAUCAAAAGACAUUUAUGAUUUCUUUAUAAAGACUUCUCGACCUCUCGUCUGAAACUGCCACACAUUACGCGAUCAUUCACACGGAACAGCGCCAGCCGAACAGCGGAGAGCUUUCAUUCCUUACAAGGCUUCAGGUAUUUCAAGAUAUUUGUACAGAACUAAAUACCAGUCAUACUCACGAACGUACUCUAUAUUAAUUAAGUACUUCUUAUAAACGAACAAUGAAUGUUGCGCUGUAUUUUCUCCGUGCAACUUUGCUGCUGUUGUUGUUAUUUGGACAUAGCACAGACGCAGUCACUGUGAAACCAAGCAGUGGAAUGAAGGAAUCAAAACCCAAUGUAUUAUUGUUCUCAAUUGGUGGACUUCGUGAAGAGUAUUUGCUCAAUAACACGAAUAUUGCUGAGAUGAUUCAGAAUGCUACAAUGGCAAAAUAUAUUCAAAAUUCGGUGAACGUGAUUGAUAUAGUUGACCAUUAUAGCAUGGUCACUGGCUUGUUUCCUGAGAGUCAUGGGAUUAUAUCUCACACCAUGUUCGACCCGAUUUUGAACCGUGUAUUUAAUAGUGAAACACGCGAAGAGCCUGAAUGGUGGAGCAACGUGCAUCCAAUCUGGCAGGAGAUUGAGAACCAAGGACAAGGACUGGGUGCUGUGUGUCGCUGGCCUGGUGUUUAUGGUCCAAUGGUUCCUACAUUGCGCUGUGGGCAAAGAAAAUCGCUCAAAUCAGACAUCGAUCAGGCAGCGAAGUGGUUCAAAAACGGUGUAAAACUGGUUCUACUUUACUCUGAUGAUAUUAAAAAAGCUGCUGUAAAAUGGGGGCCCUUCUCACAACAGGUCAUCAAUGAAGUUAAAAACCUUGAUUCACUCAUGAAAUAUCUUCUUGAAAAGACUCGUGAUCUAAAUGUGAAUAUUCUGUUUAUGUCAGAUAGUGGAGUGUCUGAACUUAAUAGUUACAUUGUAAACCUGGACCGAUGUCUCAAUCCGACCUCUUAUGUCUUAAUCCGACCCCAGGCUACUCUGCUGAUCUACCCUAAGCGUGGUUAUACUGUCCAGGAAAUUUACAAGAAUCUUACAAGAUGCGAGCACGUGAAAGUUUACUUAAAGGAAGAUUUACCAGAAAGAUUUCAUUUUUCAAACAAUCCUAGAAUUCCGCCAAUUGUUGCUUUCCUUCCUCUUGGUGCUGUCGUAAGGUCGAGUAAACGUGUACAUAGUGUGUCCGCAGGGGAACACAAGGGUGCUACAGGGUACCAUCCAGGGUUCAAGGUGAUGCGUGGGGUAUUUAUAGGAUAUGGUCCUUCUUUCAAACGUGGUUUAAAAUUUCAAGCGAUCAGGAAUGUCGAUAUAUAUGGCGUGCUUUGCCAUAUCUUAGGACUAACUCCCAGGCCUAAUAAUGGGUCAUAUGACGUAGUCAAAUCCAUGUUUAACGAUAUGACAUCAUUUGCUGUUGACACGACAACCUCUCACGUCACCACUGAUGACGCACACACUACUGAGAUCUCACCUAAGCCAAUCACAGACGAGAUGGAAAUGUCAGAAGAUGUGAGGGUCUUGUUCUGGAUUCUCGUGGCUAUUACGGCAUUGCUUGUGUUAUUUUGUUUAGUUGGUUGCAUUACGACGAUGGUGGGGAACUACAAGCAAGGCGCUGCAUCUAGAACUAAAGUCCUUGAGCCAGAUAUGAAAAAAAUGUUAGCUGACAGUUCCUCUGAAGAGGAAUGAAAAUUGUGAUAAUGUAGAACCUGUUUAGUAGUUUUCGGUGUAGAAAUAUUCAUGUUUGGAACUUAUUUCUCGCAUUCAUUCAUUAGAACGAUUAUUAUAUACCAGUAUUAAUAACGUCAUUGAACACGUCAUUGACACGUCAUUGAACACGUCAUUGACACGUCAUUGAAUACGUCACUUACCCAUGAA